AUGAAGCUUAUUGUUAACAAAUCAAUCCUUAUUUUCCUUGUCUUCUUCUCCCUUCUCUCAUUCUCUACGGAAGCCACUUCUCGUAUUCCUUCCAAGCCUACAUUUUCAUUCUUUGCUUCGGAUUCACCAUCUCCCUCACCUGUAGAACACUCGUCUAAACUUGUUCCUUUCGAUUUGAAACCGUUUCUCUCUGCCCAUUUCCCAAAUGUGCCACCUUCAUCAAUCCACUCUUCCCUUAAACAUAUAUGUGGGGUUACUCAUAACCCUACAAAGUGUGUCUCUGUUAUUGCUCCACACAUGACUGGUUCCGUGAAUGUUGUUUCAUCUUUGCAUGUAUUGAUCAAAACACUCGAUGUUCUUGUAAAGGAUGUAUCCUCCAUUGCGAUGAAAGUGAGUAAAGAUCCAUCAACUUCAUUUAAAGUCGAGAAAAGCCUUAAUAUAUGCUCAGAACAAUACUGGAAGGCCAUUAGUAACAUUGGAAAAGCUUUGGCUGCAUUUUCUGUUUGUGACUACGAUGAGGUGCACACCAUGCUUAUUGCUGCCAUUACGAAUUUUGGGUUUUGUGAUGAAGCUUUCUAUAAACAAGGGCUAGCAAAAUCACCGAUGAAGGAUAUUAAUGGGUUUUUGAUAGAGUUUGCUGCAUUUGGCGUCGACAUUUCUACAAAAUUGAUGGAAAAUAUUAUUCAUUUCUAG